AUGCCGGCUAUCCGCCAAUUGGCCCACGCAGCCCAUAGCAUUCCCGUUCGAUAUAUUAAAAGACAGAAUGGCGACGACGACGAUGAUGAUGGGGGAGGCGGGAUGGACGACAUCCUAUCAGGCGGCUCCAUAGCCGCCAUAGUGAUAGUCGUGCUCGCCGUGUUCGCCCUGGCGGCAUGCUGGUGCCUCUGCUGCCGCCGGCGCAAGCGCAAGGGGGGCCGGAACAACAACGGGAACCAAGACGGCCAGAGCCAGGAAGACAAGUACAAGGAGAAAGCCAUUAAGAAGGUCCUCAAGGAGAUCAAGAAGAGGAUCAAGAAGAUGUUAAAAAAGGACAAGAAAAAAGAUAAGCAGAACAGCAACAGCAGCGACCAGGACGAAGAGCAUGCGAACCUCGAUGUCCCGCCCGCAUAUGGACAGGGCACACACCCAGGUUAUAUGGAGCGCGAGCGAGCGAUGGGGUAUAAUGGGGGAUACAGUCGGCUUGAUGAGCCUGAGGAUCGAGUGGAACUAUCUGCCACUGCGGUGCCUAAAUACAGGUAG